GCGAGAUUGUGCAGAUUUUAAUUUCGAUUUCGAUUCGAUUUAUAUUAUCAAAAACACAUAAUGGAACUGGAUAACGUGUUAGUACUGAAAGAUUAUAAGACUGUGCCUGAUAUAGUACACGAGUACGAGCCUACAGUCAAACAUGGGCAUAUACCUUUAGUGAUAGAUAAUGGGUCAUAUCAGUGCAGAGUGGGGUGGUCCAUAUACGAUGAGCCUCAUUUGAUAUUCAAGAAUUUGAUUGCAAGGCCUAGAAAAGACAGAUGUAAGAAGGAUGCUGAACCUCCGGUUACACCUCCUAUCCAAAUAGGAAAUGAUAUUAUUAACAUUGAAGCUGUAAGAUUCCAACUGAAGACUCAGUUUGACAAGAAUGUAGUGACUCACUUUGAGGCCCAAGAACAAGUACUGGACUACAUAUUCACCCACCUGGGUGUGGACAGUGAGGGAUGUGUCCCACACCCUAUUGUGAUGACUGAGGCGUUUGUUACACCGAAUUAUAGCAGGCAAUUGAUGUCCGAACUUCUAUUUGAAGGGUACAGCAUUCCAGCAGUGAGCUACGGUAUCGACUCUCUGUUCGGCAUGUACAAAAAUGACAUUGGUGAUACUGCUCUGAUAGUCAACUGUGGCUACCACAGCAUACACAUCAUACCUGUCAUCAGAGGGCAGGUCAUCAAUGACCGGGCCAGGAGAAUUAAUUUAGGCGGCAGUGAAAUGAUAGCAUACCUACACAAGCUCCUGCAACUGAAGUAUCCGGUGCAUGUGAAUGCCAUCACCAUGUCCCGAGUCGAGGAGAUCCUCCACGAACACUGCUCCGUGGCGCUAGACUAUCAAGAGGAGAUCCGCAAGUGGGCCAAUGCUGACUACUAUGAAGCCAAUGUCAAGAGGAUCCAACUGCCUUUUGUGCAGCCAUCCAGCUCUUCGGGACUUACUGCUGAACAACAAAAAGAGAGGAAGAAGGAGAUGGCUCGCAGACUGCUGGAGAUCAACGCGAGGAAGCGAGAGGAGAGAUUAGCGGAGGAUGAGGAUCAGCUGGGACAGCUGCUGGCAAUCCAGGACAUGAUAGAGGAUGGUGAUACUGAUGAGUUCAACGAAGCAAUUAAAGGCUUUGACAUUAAAAGCUAUGAGGACCUGCAGAGGCAAAUCCACAAUCUGCAACAGCGCAUAGAGAAGAGUCGCCAGCGUAUCGCAGCAGCCGCUGCGGCCGAGGAGAACCCCGAGAGCAGGCCCACUGGCCGCAUGCAGCCGCCCGCAGACCCUGAGGCGUUCCAAGUGUGGCUCACUGACACCAGGACCAAGUACCGCGAGCUGGUGUCCCGGCGCGAGGCGCGGCGCGCGCGGCGCGCGGCCAUGGUGCGGCGACGCACGGCGGCGGCCGCGGAGCGCAUGCGCGUCAUCUCGCGGCUGGCCGCCGCCGGGGACGAGUUCGGCGCGCACGACUCCGACUGGGACGCUUACAAGAGCAUAAGCCGCGAAGCGGACUCUGACUCGGAGGCAGACGGCGAGCGGCUGGUGGAACUAGAAGAGGCUUUGAGGGAGCACGAGCCGCCACCACCCACCAGCCAGCACCACCAGCUGCACCUCGCGCUCGAACCCAUGCGAGCCCCGGAGCUGAUGUUCCAGCCGUCGAUGCUGGGUAACCUAGAAGCAGGGCUGGCGGAGACCAUGGAGUACGUGUUCAAGCAGUUCACAGCCGAGGAGCAGCUCGCGCUGGCCAACAACGUCUUCCUCACCGGCGGCUGCUCGCAGUUCCCAGGUCUGAAAGAGCGCCUAGAGCGAGAACUGUUAGAAAUGCGACCGUUCCAGUCGACGCACAGAGUGGUUGUGGCUAAUAACCCGAACUUAGACGCAUGGUACGGCGCGCGAGAUUUCGCGGGUAGCAAUGAAUUCGAAAACUGGUGCAUCACCAAAGAGGAGUACUAUGAGAUGGGUGGAGAGUACUUAAAAGAACAUCACUGUAGUAACAAGUAUUAUAAGAGCCCUGCGCCUGUCGUUGAUAAUACCUUAGCACCUGCUGGGGACGCCAAUGUUGUCAAAGAAGAGAUCGUGGUCGAUUGUUAAUUUGAAAAUUUUAAUAUAACUAGUGAAAAAUA